AUGACGUCCAAUAUUUUAAACAGUUCAUACAUCAAAGAUUUAGGGGAGAAAGAACAGAUUGAUACUUUAAUUUGUGACAGUUCUAUUAUUGAUGUUCCUGUUGAUUUUAAUGUGCAAAAUGCUGCUGAUAAGAUUGAAAGUAUCAUCAGGAAUUAUUCAAACAUGAAAAUAGUUAUUAGCAUGGAUACUUUUGGAAUGGAAGAUUUGCUAUUUGAAAUAGCCUGUCGAGGAUACUCUGUAUACACUGGGUGUUCCAGGAAUGCUUUUUUGAGAAUCCAAAAUGCUGAUUCAUAUUUUACAACUUCUAGAGAUGCUGUUUUAAGAGUUGUCAAUAAAGCAUUUUGUGUGAACAUCGAUGAUUGUUACAGGCGUUAUAUGAAUAAAAUGUAUUCUGUUAAAGAAAUGUUGGACUUGAGAAAAGUUGGUGUUCACAUUGUUAACUAUGAAGAUCGGACAACUGCACAAGCUUCGUACCAUUUGAUCAAAUUGGUUAAACCGAUUCGUCUAAAAAGUUCUACCAAAGGUGAAAGUUUUAAAUUGAAAACUUAUGGACGGUUAUGUAGAAGACCAAAAGUAUUCCCAAGACUGUCUGAGACUUCAAUACAUUGUAAUGAUGAUCAGAAGGAGUUACAAAGUGAUGUUUUGUUAAAUGAAAUUGCUGAAGAGAAAACUGUUGAACCAGUUAAGCAAGAAGAUGUCAAAGUACCAGACGUCCUGGUAAAAAUCAGCAGCACGAGUGAUUUCAAUUUAGAUUCCCUUACAUCAUAUUUCAACCACCAACAACCUGGUCCAAACGAUCCCUACAUAUCACCAUCAAAUGAUAUCCUUUCAACAAGUAAACCUGAAGAAGUCCUUUCUAAUCGUCAAAAGAUGUUAAAAGCCAACAACAAAAAGGCUGCAGAUAAUUUAGCAGCUUUAGCAAUUGCAGCUUUGGAGCCUUUUCAAAAAAUGCAUUUGUUUACGAAGCAUAAAUUGCAAUUCAUGGAUGAUAAUUUUAUCGAUCCUGUAGAGAUGAGUAAAAAUUUAUACAGGUUUCAUAUACAGCACCAUUUGGAUUGUAUAAAAAAAAUUGAAGGAAGAGAUGGGUAAAAUUGGCGGUAAGAGGAAAAGA